GUAUCGAUCACAAUAGUCAAAAUUACUCAAGGAGACCACACACUUAUUCGAGUACACCCGGUACACUUUUUAAAUUAAUAUAAAUAAAGUAAACAUCGGCUUCCUUGCUCAGUCUCUCUAAACCAGACUAUUGCCUCCAGCGUGUUGCGCCUAAUACCAACUUACAAUGUUGAAGUUAGGUCUCGCUACACUACUAGAUCUAUGCUUUCUAGUUGCGACUGUUUCUGCUGGAAAGCAUUGGGCUUUUCUUGUCGCUGGUUCGAAUGAGUAUUAUAACUAUAGACAUCAGGCUGAUGUAUGCCAUGCAUAUCAUGUUCUACGAAAUCAUGGAUUCCCAGAAGAGAACAUUAUUGUGAUGAUGUAUGAUGAUAUAGCAUACAGUGAAAGCAAUCCUGUGAAAGGAGAAUUAAUUAAUCGUCCAGGUGGUCCGAAUGUUUACCCGGGUGUGCCCAAACAUUACACGGGACAGGAUGUCAGACCUGAUGUUUUUCUGAAAGUUUUGUCUGGAGAUGCUGAAGGGGUUAAAAAACUAUUGGGUAGAGAUGGCAAAGUAAUUGAGAGUGGACCGGAUGACAAGAUCUUUGUCAACUUUGUUGACCACGGUGGUCCUUUUGUUGUAUGUUUUCCAGAUUCUUAUCUUCAUGCAGAAGAUCUACAUAGUACUAUUAAGUCAAUGCAUGCUAACAAACAUUACAAGCAGAUGGUAAUAUACAUGGAGGCUUGUCAUUCUGGUUCAAUGUUUGAUAAGUUAUUGGAAUCUAAUAUAAAUGUUUUUGCAACAACUGCUGCUAAUCCAAAUGAAGAUUCUUAUGUUUGCUACUAUGAUGAUGAAAGACAGACAUUUUUAGGAGAUGUGUACAGUGUUUCAUGGAUGGAGGAUUCUGAUAGGGAAAAUCUGACUCAAGAAACUCUUCAGCGUCAAUACUUGAUUGUGAAAAAUGAAACCAAUACAAGUCACGUCAUGGAAUAUGGAGAUCAGAAAAUAAGCAAUCUGAAGGUGGCAGAUUUCCAAGGUAACCUCACAUCUAAAACACUAACAUUUUCUGGAAGCCCAUAUCAACGCACACUGGAUGCAGUCCCAGUUUCAGAUGUAAAGCUUGAAAUACUUAGAAGAAAAAUGCUAACCAACAGCGACAACACCGAAGAUCAAAUAGCUUAUGAAAAAUUGUUGAAGCUCAAGCAGGAAACUGAGGACUACUUCAAGAAAAUUGUGGAGCAUGUUACCCACCUCCCUCUAUACGAAAUUUACCUGAACGCUCCACUACACCUUACCGACUUCAAAUGCUACAGAGAGAGUUUGAUGCUUAUACGUGACAUGUGCCCAGGGUUGGGCUACCAUAAGAAUGAUUAUAUUUCCAAACAACUAAAAGUGAUUGCCAAUAUGUGUGAGGCUGACAUCCCAGCUCAAAAAAUCUGGGCAGCCAUAGGCAGAGCGUCCUAUGACUCAAAUAUUUGCAUUCAAUCAACUUAAAAUGUUGAUUCUUUUUUUUUACUUUUCAAUCAGUUUAACAUUGUGAUAUCAAUUUUGUUUAAAUUAGUGAUAACAGAGUCAAUUGCUGUUAGUGGUAGAUUACAUGUACCAUGUACUUGCCAGUUUGGCAGUUAACAGCAGAAUAAUUUAAAUGGUAGAUUUAAGAAUUAUAUUAGUGUUGUUUUAAACAAAAAUGUGUAACCUUGAUAUAAAUCACAUUUUGUUUAAGAAAAAAGUUUAAAUCUGAUAAUAGUCUUUUAUAUUGUUCUAUACUAUUAACAUUAUUUAAUCCUGAUUUUAUUUUUUAUACAGCAGAAGAUUUUGUACAACAUUCCUACUCCACAAUGUUUAAUUUUGUGUUUGUUUUUGCAUUCAGACUUUGGUGACUAGAAGAGGGGGGGGGGGGUGUUACAAUAAAGUGAAGCUACAUUUUUUUUAAAUUUUAGAAAGUGAUUUUGGAAUAUGAAUUUUAGAACUAAUUUUUUUUAUAUUUUUAAAGUAAUUUAUAAUAGAUUAAUGUGUCUAAUCUUGAAACAUUUGUCAAAAUUUUCUCUGUGAUUAUCUAUGUAUUCCUUAAAACCAAACAAUAAAGUGGAAGUGAUCUCUCC